GUCGGGCAAAGCGGCAACGAUGGCUGCGAGUGUUGCGGCGGCGGCGGCUCCACGCGGGCGGCUGGAUCGAUGCCUGGAGACCCUCCAAGCCUCCGCCGCCCACCCGGAGCGCUUCCUCAGCAUUCAGGAUGGACUGGCUGCCGAUCUCAACUCGCUAACUAAAACGCUGUAUGAUUUCCACAAAGCGCUCGGGCCUGCGACGGUUCCUGGGAGCCCUUUGCAAGAACUGGUGAUAGAUGACUUCGACGAAGAACAGGUCUGGCAGCAGCUGGAACUCCAGAAUAACGCGGUCCUCGGCUACUUCAAGGCAGCUGUUGCUAGAAACGGCACUGAGGAUGAUCUCUGCCUUCUACCAGAUCCAGAAGAGGGGGAUAGUAUCGCAGAGGACAGUGAGCCAGAAACAGACGAUGAAGUCCAGACAGAAGACUUCAACAGCGACCCUCCGGAAGAGGAAAGUGACUGGGCGGAAAAGAGAAGUCAACUCAGAGCGAGGACAGAACCUCUGUUUAACGAUGAAGAUUCAGAUAUUGACUUUGACAUUGACAAGUUAGAGCUGCAAACCCGUCCGUCCAAGAUUGCCGUGAAAAGAACGGGUGAAAAGUCUGUAGUCGACGACAGGUUUUUCAACCUGGCUGAGAUGGAGGCGGUUCUGGACGCGGCGGAGAAGAAAGAAAGCCAAGAAAAGGAGGAUGACGAAGGCGAGGAAAUCGAUUAUUUUCAGGAGGUUCUUUCGGAAGAUGACGAGGAGGAGGAGGAAGAGGAUGUGGAAUUCGGGAAAGCCAAAACGAAGCCACCUAAAAGCGCUCGCAGUCUCAAAUAUCGGGAUUAUUUCGACCCCGUGGACGAUUGCGAAGAUUACACAAGCGACCGACAAAGCUGCGAAGGUGACGGCAACCGGAGCGAGGAGGAAGAGGAUGAAGGAGCAGUCGACAGAAUGGAGGAAACGGAUGACGUCCAACAGCCACAGGAGACCGAAAGGAGGAAAGGAGCUCCGAAGGCGGUGACGUUCGCCUUGCCGUACGACAGCGACACGGACGACGAACCGGACACAUCUGAAGCAAAGACGAGUCGUUCCCCUGAACGGAAAUCCUCCUUUGAGAAAAGGCAGGAAAAGCUGAGUCAGAAGAUCAAAUCGCUCGAAGCGGACCUGUUGAGGGAGAAGUCCUGGCAGCUGAGAGGAGAAGUGACUGGACAGAAGCGACCUGAAAACAGCCUCCUGCAGGAGACGCUGCUCUUUGACCAUGCGGUCAAGAUGGCUCCCGUCAUCACAGAGGAGACGACAAUGGCGCUUGAAGACAUUAUCAAGAGGAGGAUAAAAGAUCAGGCCUGGGAUGACGUCGUCCGGAAAGAAAAGCCAAAAGAGGAUCCUUACGAAUACAAAAAGCGUCUGACUCUGGAUCACGAGAAAAGCAAAUUAAGUCUCACCGAAAUCUAUGAGCAAGAAUAUCUGAAACUUAACCAGAAAAAAACUGAAGAGGAAGAAAAACCGGAACACAUAGAAAUUCAGAAAGCAAUGGAUGUUCUUUUUCUCAAAUUGGAUGCCCUUUCCAAUUUCCACUUCACACCCAAGCCGCCCGUGCCAGAGGUAAAAAUAGUCUCUAAUCUCCCAGCAAUAAGUAUGGAGGAAGUUGCUCCGGUUAGCGUCAGUGAUGCUGCGCUCUUAGCUCCGGAGGAGAUCAAGGAGAAGGCAAAAGGCGGAGACGUGAAAACGGAUGCCGAGAAGACCGCCACAGACAAGAAACGGGAGCGCAGAAAGAAGAAGCUCAUGAAGCGUAUCAAGCUGAAGGAGAAAGAGAAGCGGCAGAAACUCCUCGAGGGGAAGGCAGAACAAAACCCCAAGCUGAAGAAACAAGUUUCUGCCGAACAGUUGAAGAAGCUCAUCAAGGCCGACGGGACUUCUCUACUCAAGGAUGACGGCAAAGACAAGGCUUUGAGGUCCUCCCGAGCGUUCUUCUCUCGCUUGCAAGAUCAAGUGAAAAUGCAAAUUCAAGACCCGAAGAAAAGCCAGAGGAAGAAACGAGCGCUGACUGCCCAAAAGCUGAAACUAUAAGAUAUUUAUGCUCAGGCUCUUUUUGUACCAAUUAAAGCAAGUUUCCUAAUUGA